UAUAUCUGAUAUAGUUCACGUUUUUGCCUUUUUUAGAAAAUACGCUAAUUUGCGUAUGGUCAUCAUACCUGACAGGCAUCUCCACAGUCAGCAACUUGGGGUCUUCUUGGGAGUAAGUGGAAGCCGAUGAACAGCGUUGCCAGGAAGCUUUCACUUGUUUUGAGUAGCUUCAACCGGUUUUAGUUAACGGUGAAUGGUUAAAGAGAUGGAUGGUUAUCCCGGCGUCAUUAACAGUGAUUCCACGAAACAGCAAGAGAGACAUUACUACCUAUUAUCUGAACUGCAAACUUUAGUCAAAGAUUUACCAAGCUCCUUCCAGCAGCGCCUGUCCUACAACACGCUGAGUGACCUCGCUCUAGCACUCAUAGAUGGGACGGUCUAUGAGAUUGUGCAGGGGCUCCUGGAUAUUCAGCAUCUGACAGAAAAAAAUCUCUACAACCAAAGGCAAAAGCUGCACAGUGAACACCAAGCACUCAAACAAGAUCUUGCACGAAAACACAAAGAUGCUCUACAGUCAUGCAAGUCCCACAACCUUGCGCUUCUCAAAUCAAACCAACAAGCAGAAACUGAGGCGCUGGAAAUUCGUGUGCGUGAGGAACAACGAAUGAUGGAUAAGAAGAUUGUAACAGAAAUGGAUCAAAAAGUGGUAGACCAGCAGAACACCCUGGAGAAAGCAGGGGUCCCUGGGUUCUACAUCACCACAAAUCCACAGGAGCUGACCGUGCAGAUGAACCUACUUGAACUGAUCCUGAAGCUUCAGCAGAAGGAGUCAAAACCUGAAAUGCUAUAAGAAGGAUAACAAAGAA